CGCGUCUCAUAAUAUAUACCAGCUAUUACCUACAACUGUCUAUGUAAUUUAUAUUUUUAAAUAAAAAUGCAACGUUACGUCUACGCUAUACCUGCAUUUUAUACGCAUAUCAUACGCGGCGUAGAACAUUAUUAUUAUUAUUAUUAUUACAACUAUUUAUAUCGCAUUUGUUGUGGUGUUAUUUGCACAUGAACAAAACUACGCCUGCUGUACCUAUAUAAAUUAUUGUCGUGAUAUUUUAUGCUUGCAUAGGACACGGGCGACCAGGCGGUUUCGUAUACACAACGAAAUAUAACAUUUAUUAUGCUCGCGCUCGACGACGACUAGUGAAAACAAUUCGAUAAACCAAAACAUUUAAUACUAUUUUGGCCACAGUUACCGUUAAUAUUUUAAUAAUCGUGCGCGUGAAUGUUUUACUGCAGGCAGACUGCGGACAUUUUUACACCAGCGCAGAUGACCGACAGAACAUCGGCAUCCAAAGAGGAAGAACACUGCAUUGAUUGGAUCGACCUUGAAGACGUUCGAGAUCAAGAAAAAGUUUGGCUAAAAAGAAUGAUGUCAACUGAUAAAUUCCUUGUACCAGGAAAUGAAGAGCAGAAAAUAAGCAGUGUUGUGUUUGAAGCUCCAAUGUCUGAAUUGAAAAGUAAUUAUACAUUUGAUUCGUUACAAGAAAAAUCUUUGGCAGGUACGGCUGAACAGAAUCAAUUGUAUGAACGUCAGCCAUGGCAGAAACUUGUAUCAAUAUUCUUAGCUGAACUGUUUGGUACUGCAUUUUUAAUGUUCUUUGGUUGUAUGGGAUUAGUUCCUAAAUAUCCGGGCGGUGAACUUGGUCAAUACAGUGGUGCUAUUGCAUUUGCUGGAAUUGUAGCUGUUACUAUUGUUAUUAUUGGUCGUAUCAGUGACUGUCAUAUAAAUCCGUGUGUUACAUUGUGUGCAUUAUUGCUUGGUAAAUUACCAAUAUUAACAUCUAUUGUUUAUUUCACUGCUGAGUUUUUAGGAGCUAUCAUCGGUUAUGGAGUUUUAGUGGCUAUUUCACCUUAUAAUAUAUUGAAUUCAUCAGAUUCUGGAGUUUGUGUAACAAGCCCAGUUGUUGGAUUAACUACAUGGCAAGCCCUUUUAAUUGAAGCUAUAACAACUGGAGUUUUAAUACUUCUAGUAUGUGCUGUCUGGGAUCCUAAAAGUGGUAAUGGAGAUUGUGGUUCUCUGAAAUUUUUAGUUAUGAUAUUCCUGACAUCAGUUGUUGUUGGCCCCUUCACUGGAAAUAGUUUGAACCCAGCACGAUCAUUAGCACCAGCAAUUUACAACAAUUCAUGGAAUAUGCAUUGGAUUUACUGGGUUGGUCCAUUCUCUGGAACAAUAACAUCAACACUUUUCUACAAAUAUAUUUUUAUGGCAUUAGAUAACGAAGAACGAGAAAAAUAGUGAUAUUGUUUUUUUAAUAGACUAAGUAUCACAUAUAUGACAGCGCUCAAAUUCAGUUUCCAUUGUACUUUUUUUACAUUAAAUGCUGAAGUCAGUGUAAAUUGUGUCCUGUAAUAUUCUUUAUGGUACAUUCAUCUCUAUGUUUAAUUAUCUACUUAAUUAUUUUUUUAUCUCCAUCAAAUUAUUUAGUCUUUUAACUAUUUGAUUUUAUUCUACUAGAUUUUUUUUCCUACUGUAUAUGAGUUUUCUUUAUACAUAAGCUAUGUAUACUUUAUACAUCAAGCUAUCUACAAUGUUGUUUACUAACAGUAUUAUGUAGAUUUAUUUAAGUAAAAUUAACUGAUAUUUAUAUAUUGGCAAUAAUUUUAUUCAUUUUUAUACAAUAAUACAUAAUAAUGAUUAUAUGUAUUAUAUAUUUAUAAUGAAUAAUAUAUAUUAUAUUUUUAUUUUAAGUGCAUAAUAAAAUUAUUUUUUUAUGUAUUUAUAAUGUGGAUUAUUUUAAUAAUAAAUAUAAAAUACGCAUAAAAACAACAUGACAAUCUAACUAUUAAGUUUUAUAACAAUAUAAAUGUUAAAUAUCAUCAUAUUCGAUGAUAUCCAAUAUUAAUAUUAAUUGUGUCUCAGUUCAAUAAGUGAUUAUGUUAUAUGUAUGGUGCCUAGCCUUAUCUAUUAUAAUUUUGUACUAAAAUACACAUAAUAGUAUUUGUAUUAUGUAUUUAUGCAUGUAAUAUGUACCUAUAAUAUAUUAUAAUAUAGGUACCUAGUAAUAGUAAUAUUUUUAUUUUUUAUAUUUUAUUAUUUUUUUUCUGAGAAAUCUAUGUUUAAAUAUCUAUAAAAUAUUUCUGUGAUAUAUAUUAUUAAUUAUUUAAAUAUUUUUUUCUCAUCAUAAGUGUCAGCAAUAUAAUAUUGGUUACCGUC